CAACCAAUCACGAUAAAGUAAUAAUUACUCUUAAACUAUUGUACCAUUUUAAUUGCGGCACCAGAGAUUACCACUACAGAUUGUUAGGAAAUCGUAUUUGGGAAGAAGUUUCCAAAACUUGGACCGAAUUUUCAAGACCUGCGGCGAAUUCUCAAGGUACCGCGAACUUUCGUUGCGAAAGUUUACGAAGCCAAUUGUGAAAAUUGUGACAGUGUACUUUAAUCCUUAACACGAUCUCUUUUGCCAUUUCAGUUCCGGCACAAGAGACAACUACCACAGAGUUAUCAGAGAUGGCUACAACAGGUGGCAAGUUUAACAUGGAUUUCAGUUAAGUGUUUGUGUGUGUAUCGUCACAAUUUUAAUGUUAUCUUUCUGCGGAUUUUCAUUCCUAGCUCCAAAAAUUACAACUACGGAUAGUAAGUCUGACUGCCUAUUCGUUGAAAAUAGUUUCAUUUUUUAACUUGAUAAUCCAAUUUCAACCUUAUGUUGUGUGUUUUGUUUUUUUAUCUUUCAAUAGCAGCACCAGAGAUACCUUCUACAGAUGUAUGUGAAGCUGUUGGUGUAGAGGAUAGGAAUAAAAUACCAGAUGCUAGAAUGACCGCAAGCACAUUAUAUGAUAAUAGAUAUCGUCCAUACUAUGGCCGCCUGAAUGAACAAAGGGAAAGGGCAGCGUGGUGUACUGAGACAAAAACAGACAGAACAGACUAUCUUCAAGUUGAUAUGGGUACAGUGCACUCUGUUUGCGAAGUUGCAACACAAGGCCCACAGAAAGACGAUGCGUGGACCACCAGCUACAAAGUACAUCUUUCUACAGAUGGAGUCAAUUGGAACGCCUACAAGGAGAACAAUGAAGAAAAGGUGUUCCCAGGAAACACAGAUCAACAUAGUAUUGUGAAGCAUUCUCUAAGCACAGACGUCAAAGCAAGAUUUAUUCGAUUUUAUCCUGUCACACAUAAAGUUCAUCCCUGUUUGAGAGUUGAAAUAUUUGUGCUAAAAUAAUAUGAUAACUAAUUUUUAAGCGAUAACGUAAUCGCUUUAUGCUGGCAUGCAUGCAUUCCUUUGGAUAGUGAUUUCGCAUAGUUUGUCGCACU